GGCUUGCUGUGUGUUCCCAGUGUGUCUUAAUACUUUUGGCAUCAGAAUGAAUGUUAAUAUAUUCAAAUAAGUCAACAGUUAAGAUGGAGGAAAACCAGUUUACAUCAUUGACGGUUCCUACGGAUUAUUUUCAGCAGUGGUACCAGUCCAGCCAGCAGCACCCUGAGGCGCAACAUGUGCUGCCAUAUCACAACGUGGGCCGUUACACAGAAGGUCCCAUAGAGGAGCCUGUCAUGACGGAGCUAUCUGUCCAUCGGGAUCCACCUCUUUACCAGGAAAGUUUUUACCAGAGCUACCCUCCAGCCUCAAAUCACUACCAGGAGCAGACCUACCAGCAGAAUGUCAGGGAGCAGCAGCAGCAGCAGCAGCAGCAUUAUAGUGCCACCCUGCACCACUCUCAGCAUCAACAUACAAUACAGCAGCAGGAAGCGAGCAUUCAGCACCAGCUUCAGCCUGCUGCUCCACCUCAAGUUGUGACACCGGUGAAGAAGAAAAGAGGCCGCCCUCCUAAACAGCAGGCGGAGGAUGGUGAGACGCAGGAGGAGGAGGAUGAGAUUGAGGCUGCUAAAAAAGCCAAGAGGGCUCUCAACCGCUUCAAUGGCAUGUCGGUGGCUGAAGUCAUGGCCAAAACCCUGCCAGAUGUUAUUACCUACAAUCUUGACAUCUUGAUAAUUGGAAUUAACCCAGGACUAUUGUCAGCCUUCAAAGGACACCAUUACCCAAACCCAGGAAACCAUUUCUGGAAAUGUCUGUUUUUGUCUGGUCUAACUGAUGAGCAGCUAAACUACAUGCACGACCAGAGCCUGCCAGAGAAGUACAGCAUCGGCUUCACCAACAUGGUAGAAAGGACCACACCUGGCAGCAAGGACCUCUCCAGUAAGGAGAUUCGUGAAGGAGGGCGUCAAUUACUUGACAAGCUGCAGAAAUACAAGCCAUUAAUAGCAGCUUUUAAUGGAAAAGGUAUUUAUGAAAUCUUUUGCAAAGAAACCUUUGGUGUGAAGGCCAAGAACCUCGAGUUUGGUCUACAGCCCUACAAAAUCCCAGAAACUGAAACGGUGUGCUACUUAAUGCCAUCAUCAAGCCCCCGCUGUGCCCAGUUUCCCCGUGCUCAAGAUAAAGUACAUUUCUACAUCAAGCUGAAGGAACUGCGAGACCAGAUGAAAGGCAUGGCACCCGGCCAUGAGGUGGUGGAGACACAGUACUCUUUCGACCUGCAGCUGGCUAAAGAGGAUGCAAAGAGGAUUGCAAUCAAAGAGGAGCAGGUGGAUCCAGAAUACGACAGUUAUAGUGGGCUGCAUGAUGACGUGAGGCAAAGCAGCAACUUCUCCAACUAAAAGGGACUAAGGAGAAGAGAAAAAGAGGCCUGUCAGCUGUAGCACUCAGAAAUGGACAUCCAAGGCCAGUCAGCCGUCAACAUGGCGUAGAACCCCUGCAGCUGGUGGUGUUUGCUCAACACAUACCAAAUAUCAGCUGACGUAGUAGCAAGAUAAAUCAGUGAGGAUAAGAAACGACACCACAGCAGAAGAGGGGCCGUGCUGUUCCUGAGGCAACGCAGUUUGACGCACAAGAGAGAAAGUCCCCAAAACAGUUUUGUUCUUUGUCACUCAGCCUGUGCAUGUUUUUGGUGUUAUUUUUUUUUAUCAAUAUUUAUUCCUUUUUUUUGUAUGGUACGUGUUUCCAGUGACUUAUUUUGUAUUUUGAUAGAAUGGUAUUUUAUGAUUUGUAUGUUGUAUAAAUAGAUGAUUGUACUCUGAAUUUCUAAUCUGUAAGUACAGAGUUAAUAAAUCUCUUCUAAAGCUGA